UGGCUGGGCGUUUCAGUUAGACGAAGGCCGACAGAUAGUCAGCACGCGAUCGCGACGACCAGUGCCGGAUAGCUGUACCGCGCCCGCUGCAGCAGAAUACCGUUCGACGGUUCCACAAAACAGUCAUCGUAUUCGAGUUCACAAAAGGGAGGGUCACGUAGAAGGACAAAUAUAAUUAAACAACCAAAAUGAGUGACGACGAAGAUUUACCGACAAGUAAACUAAAAGGCGAAGGAAUUAAUGAUGCCGAAUCGGGCUAUUCGAAAAUGUUCAAAAACAAAAUGGAAAGCCGAAGAACCUUCUACAUAGUUUUAACAUUACUAAUAUUCAUAUUUGCAGUGCUCGUAAUAGCUGUUAUCGGACUAUCGUUUGUCUACCUAACGAAGACGGAAGACCAAAGACGGACAUGUACAACAGAAGAUUGCUUAAGAUCUGCUUCAGCAUUAGUCGAGUCAAUGAAUAAAUCUGUAGAUCCAUGUGAAGACUUUUAUCAAUUUGCUUGUGGAAAUUUCGCAAAAUGGCAUAAAAUACCAAAAACAGCUGUUUCAAAUGAUCGGUUUUCCGAAGUACAUGCUACAGUGUUAGUUCUUAUUAGAGAUUUUUUGGAAAGAGAUGAUAGCGACACUGAAAAUUAUUCCGUAUCGAAAUCCAGACUUUUGUAUCGCUCUUGCAUGGCAACAGAUAAAAUGAACACAGACGGGAUUGAGCAAUUAGUUCAGAUUUUAGACAAAAUUGGUUUAUCGGACACGGGGCUUUCCACUAAGAUAAAAUCAUCAAGUUUCUCGGCAAUGUUAGCUAGAUUAAAAAAGUUAAUCAACUUAGACUAUUUGUUCACAACAAAUGUUGAGCCAGAUACGAAAAAUCGGUCAGUUAAUCGAAUUAGUCUGGGUAAACCAAAAGAUACAAAUAUAUUUCCAGUUCAUAAAAUAACAGAACACAUAAAGAAAAUGAGUUCAAGAAAAAUGCGUGAAACACUAGAAUAUGAAGAAGAAGUAGGCAACACGAGUAAAGAAUAUGCAGAUGGAAUUGAUUAUCUAAAAUCGUAUGCAAAAUAUUUCCAAAGCGCUUGGACGGAGAUUCAUAAAUUGCAAUCAAAUAAUUUUGAUACUAGUUAUCAAACUAUUGGAAUUAAAAUAUCACAACUAUUGACUUUCAUCAAUGAACAUUCAAAAAUAAAAGAAACAGUAUAUGACAAUGAUACCGAACUUCCAUCACUUAUGACUGUUGAUGAAUUACAAAAUUAUACAAAUAAUAUUACACGGAAUUUCACUAAAUCAAACGAGCAAAUUGUAAGUAAUUACUAAUUUAUAAUUAUAUUAUCACCACACACAACUUCAUAAACUGUAUAGGGAUACCGGAUACUACACAUAUUUCCGGUAUCGAACAAUAUUAUAAGAAUUAUUGUAUUAAAUACAACUCAAAAAAGGUGGGUAAGUGGAUGUCGCUCUGCUGUACAGUAGGUUACAAGUGGGU